AUGGACAGGCUCCAGACAGGUAUGCGGGGUGCCUUUGGAAAGCCCCAGGGCACAGUGGCCAGGGUCCACAUUGGCCAAGUCAUCAUGUCCAUCCGUACCAAGUUGCAGAACAAGGAGCAUGUGAUUGAGGCCCUACGUAGGGCCAAGUUCAAGUUCCCUGGCCGCCAGAAGAUCCACAUUUCCAAGAAGUGGGGCUUUACUAAGUUUAACGCGGACGAAUUUGAAGACAUGGUGGCUGAAAAGCGGCUCAUCCCAGAUGGCUGUGGGGUCAAAUACAUCCCUAAUCGUGGCCCCUUGGACAAAUGGCGGGCUCUGCACUCAUGAGAACCUCAGCACUGCCCUUCCCCAUUCAUGCCCACCAAUAAAUCCUGCUUCCUG